UUUCGAUCUAUCUAAGAUUCUUGGCGUAAGCUUCACUACCAAUCUAUCGGUGCUAAGACCCAAGAUUCCUGUCUCACAUCCAGCAUAGUAUAUGCACCUUCCAGUCAUCAAGCGCUACUACAAUAACUUGAAGCCCAAUUCCCUAGAGGUCGACGUCGACAUUCUCUGGAGCAAUAUUCUCCCCCUAUACUUCGACAUCCGCAAGGACUAUGGAAUCGAACCUCAACAGCGACCUUACCCGGGUGUCGUUAAGACAACAGAUUUUGUAAUUACGGCCGUGAGGAACGGCCAGCCCAAGAAAAUUGUUGUCAUAGAGGACAAGCGCGUCAGCGACGAAGGAUCGGGCGCGGUUUGGCAAGAGGCUGUGACACAAGUCACCGACUACAUGAAGGUGGCGAGAACGUCGAACUUUGUAACCUUCAGAAAGACCGAGACCGUGUAUGCCAUUGUCACAGUCGGCCGCUACUCGCGCUUCUACAAGUUGCGGAAGAACGAGUUGCAAUUGGUAGAUUUCGACAACACCGGGGGCAAGACUUACGAGUUCAAGAAAGACGAAGAGUCAAUUGACGGCAUCCUCCUUGACAUUGUACAGAAAACGGUGCACUAAGUCGUCAUUAGUCCCGAAGAUACUGGACAUUAUACUUGGAGAAUUUAUGUUAUAUUAGUGCUCAUCCAGUGAUUCUCGUUUAGUGAC